GCGCGCUCCAUCUGCUGGAGACGUCGAAACUGAAGCAAGAGCAUCUUCUUCAGAGAGUAACCGCGUCGCUCUUCUAAAGCACGGAACAGGUUAUGUCACGGAUCUCCGGGGAGACAGGGCAGGAGAACCCAAGUGCAGGCAGACUCAGACAAGAUGACCAAGUAGCUCAAAAACUGAAAAAGCCAUGUUGAAAGGGGGCUCCGUGAAGGCGGCACUGCCCAGACCAGGAGCCCCAGAGCGGACGAAGCUGUCUACCAGCAGCUCCUAUUCCAGCAACAUCGGGAUGAGGACCUCCCGGUCCUCCAGCACCAUCGCCUCUGACCUGCGACUCAGCAAGAUGAAGAGGGCAAGCAGUGAUGAUGCUUUGGCUAAGCCUGUUCUGGGGUCAGUGGCUCCAGGCUCUCGCAUGAAGAAAACCAUCACCACAGGAGCCAUCUCCGAACUAACAGACAACAGACCACGUAGUGCUUCAAGUAGCACUUUUACACGUACAAGCAACCAAUCAAACAAAAAAUCUGGGAUCCCAGCUCCCCGCGAGAUCCCACAGACCAUCUCCAGAGAACGGCUCUCAUUGCGUGAUCAGAAAAGCUCCAGCACCAAAAAGAUGGUCGGCAGUUCCAGCACCUCCAGCCUGUCUGCUUUGACCAAGCAGUCCCGCAGCUCUGUCAAGACCAGAUCGGAGUCUGUAGUUUCGGACAAAAACCAGCUGGAGAGUCAAGUGAGGGAACUUCUGGCUGAAGCCAAAGCCAAUGAGUUUCAGAUCAGUAAGUUAAGAACAGAGCUCCAGCGGCAUCCAGGGAUAGGUUUAUCAUCGGACGCUGGAACACCAGAGGGGAAUUCGCUUGUAAUGGAGCUACGGGACAAAAAUGGACGUUUCCAGCGCGAGUUAGCCACAUUGCGAGAAGAAAACCAAGCUUUGAAACAGAAGCUCAUUACAUUGGAGAACAACACAAACAUCACAGCAUCUCUCACCGGAUCCACUACACACGCAGUUAAUGGGGUUUUGCCAGACUCCACUUUCGACGCUCAAGCUACGGUCAAUGGCAGGCACCCCAAAACGUCAUCUAGUAGUGACACCACCAAAGGAUCUCCUGUACCUUCCUCAGACUCUUCAGACUUUGUGAAGAUCCCUUCAGACUCGGACAGUAGCAGUGUUCAAGGUGAGCUCUCAAUAAAGUCCCUGAUGGAGCGCAUACAGAAGAUGGAAGAAAGUCAUCACAGCACAUCUGAAGAACUUCAGGCCACUCUUCAAGAGCUUGCCGAUCAACAGCAGGUUGUCCAGGAGCUGACCGCUGAAAAUGAGCGUCUGGCGGAGGAGAAAGGCCUACUACAGACAUCUCUACAACAACAACGGGAGCGCGUUGAACUCCUGGCGCAACAGAAUGAGUCCCUUCACCAAAGGCUCAGAGAACAAGCUCAGAGUCAAGAAGCUGAGGCCUCUCGUGUCACCCGAACCGCGGAGCUGGAACAGCGUCUGACUGAGCAAACGGAGAGUUCCCGCUUCGAAAGAGAAAAACUGGUAAACAUCCAGCAGCAGCUGACGGGCAGUCUCAGGGCUUUGGAGACGGAGCAUCAAGAGGCGCAAGCAGCCAUGAAGAGCUUUAAGGAAGAGCUGGAGGUUCUUCAAGAACGUCUGGAGAGGGAGAAGGUUGCUGGAGACGAUGCGUUGAGGAAAGCUGAGGAGCAGCGGAUGGAUGUGGAGGCUCUGAAAGCAGAGAAUGUUAGUCUGAAGGAUCAGGUUGAGACGGAGAGGCAGAAGGUGGCUGAGCUGAAGGCGAUGCAGAGUGCCAGCGACAACACGGAGUUGCAACGUCUGCUCGAAGCAGCGCAUGAAGACAGAGACAAGCUUGAGAACAGCUGCAAGGAGCUGCGACAAGAAUUGCAGCAGGCGCGGAGUAAAGCGGAGAGCGCUCAGGGCAUGCUGGCUAAGGUGGAGGCAGAAAGGCAGCAGCUCCUGGAGAGGGUGGAGAGACAGGAAGAAGAUCACAAAGUCAACACACUCGCUCUAGAGGAGAAAAGCCAAGAUGCUGAGAACCAGAUCAAGGACCUGAAAGAGACCAUCUUUGAGUUGGAGGACCAGGUGGAGCAGCAGAGGGCUGUUAGACUACACACCAAUCAGACCAUCCUGGACCAAGAGAAUCAAAUGAAGAGGCUUGAAGAAAACAAGGCUGAGCUCGAGAAGCAGAUUAAAGUCCAGAAUAAACAGAUGAAGGAUGAGACAGAGGAGUGGCGCCGUUUCCAGGCCGACCUCCAGACAGCAGUGGUGGUUGCUAAUGACAUCAAGGUGGAGGCUCAGCAGGAGCUGCGCAUGUUGCGCAGACAACUGCAGGAGGAGGAAGAGCACAAUGCCGCACUCACCACAGAGCUGGAACAGAUGCGAGGCGCCAGGUCAUGGAAUGAAGUUAUUAGUCUCUCAGACUCAGAAGGCAGUCCUCGAUGGUGUAGAAUGUCCGUGUCCCAGAAUGCACCUGGCAGUUUUCUAACCAAUGGCAGUGGGAGUGGAAUCAUCACCCCAACAGAACCUGAAACCACAGUCAAAACACUCAUCAAAUCCUUUGACACGACCUUACCAAACGGAGGCAGCAGCUCAGUACAGAUGCACACGUCUCCCAGAAGCCCUUUGAGCGGCAUACCGAUCCGCACGGCCCCUGCUGCAGCCGUCUCACCUAUUCAGAGGCAUUCUGGAAUCAAGCUGUUGCCCAAGACCCUUGAGAGAAGAUUCGUAUUUGGAGGCUUCCCUCACUCAAGGUCAUGUGAUGAAGCGAAGCCCUCGUCUCUUAUGAGGAAGAGUCCAUCCCUGGAGUCAGUGAUUAAAACUCCAGCUCAUUUCAACAGCCGGACCUCCUCAUUCACUUACAACAGAGCCAACAGCAAACUAAAUGUGGAAAGAACAGACCCUCUGUCUGCUCUGGCGCGGGAGUACGGUGGAUCUAAGAGGAAUGCUUUACUGAAGUGGUGCCAGAAGAAAACAGAGGGCUAUCCGAAUAUAGAUGUGACAAACUUUAGCAGCAGUUGGAGCGAUGGCCUGGCGUUUUGUGCUCUGUUGCACACCUAUCUGCCAGCACACAUCCCUUACCAGGAACUUAUCAGCCAAGACAAGGGACGAAAUCUCACACUGGCUUUCCAGGCAGCUGAAAACAUCGGCAUCAAGUCCUCUCUGGACAUUGAUGAAUUGAUGCACACGGACCGACCAGACUGGCAGAGAGUGAUGCAGUAUGUGUCUCAGAUCUACAAGUACUUUGAGACGUAAUUCUGAACAGAAGGAUGGGAAGAUGGACGCGGCACCAAAGCACUUUUCUGCAUCGGUUCAGUUUAGUCUAGUUGUUUAAUUGUUGGAAACACAAACAUAUAAAACAUCCGACAGUCCGUUUCACAUUUGGAUUUAACUCAUUGUUUGAACUGACUGCUGUCUUGCAUUAACACAUAAUUUAGUUGUGGUUGCAACAUUUUGCAUCCGUUAAUCUUUAUGAAGACAAUAUUAUUACUUAAAUUUACAAGUAUAUUAUUAUACCUAGAAAGUAUUUUUAAUGUUUUUGUUUUACCGCAAAUUAUUUUAAGGACUACAGCAUGAAAAUGAAUUUAAUAUGCUUUGAUGGAAACGUUUCUGUAGUUUUGAAACAGAAAAAAAAAACUUUUCAUAAAAAAAGGUUCCGAUUUAUCGAAGCAUCCAAACACUAUGAUCAUAUCGCUAAUUUGUUGAAAGCAAGUCAGAAAGUCAAUAUCUGAUCCUGUGAGACAUUUCAAACCACCAAUAUUGAUUUUUUAAUGUUCAUUGUGCCUGUUAAAAAAAACAUUGGAUGUGUUUAAACUAACAACGAUUGGGAAUGAAUAUGGAAAAAUAAGGAGCGUGUCAGCGAUACAUUCUGUGCCAAGUUUGACCAGAAAAUGGGAUGGACAUACAAAAAUAAUAUUUUUGGAUAAGAUUAAAAUAUGUCAAAUGCAUUUCUGUUUUCAGCUGUAUCAGAUGACAACACUCAGAAUGUUUUGUACUGCAUCUUAUAGAAAUGCUAUUUAUUAACUUUAUACUGUUGAAUAUUUGUGGAUGAGUGUAUGUUUUGCUUUAUGACACCUGAUG